AUGCUAUUUGUGCCGACCAAGCCGCAACGGCGCGCGCGAGGGGCUGGCCGGCGGGAGAGGCGGACGACCCGGCCGGGGGAUCGGCGGCGCGGCCGCAGCAGGUGGCGGCGGGGGAGCUGGCGCUCGGGGCGCUGCCGCGCGAAGACUCGUCGGGCGAGGAGGCCGCUGUCGCGGCAGGAGAGACGACCGCAGCUGGCGGUGGACGUGGCGCGACGCGCGUCGGGGCGGCGCUCGCCGACGUCGGGGCUCUGCGACGGCGGGGUGCAAGGAACGGCGGCGCUGGGGUCACCACCCAUCCGCCUUGUGGGUCGCGUCAGGAAGGAGGAGGUAGGUGAGUCGACGAAUGAGGAGGCGGAGCAGAGGAAGAACCCGCCGGUGGUCGAACUGAAGAAGGAGGGCGGUGGAACUACUGCUUGGGUUGCAAAACCUCCAUUCUUCGUUAGGGGUCGCGUUGAGGAGCAAGGGCAGGAUCAUAUGGGCCGAGCGAAUGCCGUGGCCAAGUGGGCCGAGAGGCCAGAGAAAAUGGGAUCAAAGGAGGGAAUAAGCGGUGGGCCAAGUUGGAAACUGAUGUCUGGGUAUCAGUUUGGGAAAGAUAGCCCAGAACCUGGUUCAAGCUAUGGGCCGAGAAUCAAGAACCGUGGGCCUAGUCUGCAUGGAAGGGUAAGGGCCAAGGUGGUUACUAUAUAG